AUGUUCUUCUGGGGCAGUUACAACUUCCAGGCGCCGCAGCUGGUGGAGAACCCCAAUCGCCCACCCCUGCGCUAUCCAGUGUAUGUGCCGCCCGCCCCGUCAAUGGUGAGUAGUGCCGGCGACGAUGCCGAGCGAUUAGAGAGUUUGGAUGCCAAACGACUGGUGGUGAAACUCGUGGCUUGUGGUCAGAAACAUAUCGUGGCACUCGUGUCCCCAGCGGAGAGGGGAACAACUACAGGAACGAUGGGCAAUCAUGAUAAUAAUAAUAAUGAUAAUAAUAUGGAAUUCACGGUGUAUGGAAUGGGGAGUAAUCACAGUGGACAGUUGGGACAUCGUGUGCCGGAAUACACAACGACGUUAACAAAACUACAUAUUGAAGAACUCUUAUCGGCGGGUACAACGAUAACGAGUAUUGCCUGUGGAAAUAAACACACACUCAUCUGUACAAGCGCUGGUGGUGUUUUUGCGGCAGGUGAUAACACUUUUGAUCAAUUGGGUGUUCGUACGACAGUGGAUGGGUUUACACCAGUAAGUGGUCUGGCCCAUAUUCGCAGUGUCUACGCUGCUGGAAAUGUCAGUUUCGCCUUAGAUGCAAAAGGACAAGUUUACAGUUGGGGUGAAGCCCAAUAUGGACAAUUAGGGCAUGGUGACACCGGUGAGCGUCUGGACUCGCGAACACUGCAAGAGGUACGCACAAACGUAUCGGUGCCAACACUUAUACAAUGGUUUGUCCGCCAUCGUGUCUGUGUGUUGGAGCUGGCGGUGGGCCGCACACAUAUGGUUUGCCGCAGUCAAGAUGCGGUGUACACAUGCGGUGAUGGAUCGUAUGGUAAACUCGGUAGUGGCAAUACGAGUUCCAGUGCAACACCGCGGUGUGUCUCUUUUCCACCACGCGCCGAUACGGAGAAACUCGUCGGUGUGGCUGCUGGUGAUGAACACACACUUGUGCUUCGUGUCGCCAACCUCUCUCAUUCCUAUACGAGUACUACUAAUAAUAAUAAUAAUAAUAAUACUUCUUCUCCUGAUCCUACUUGUUUUACAUCCGCUGUGGUGUAUCACUUUGGCCGUACGCCACGCGGUGACGGGCAACUCACACCAAAUGUCAUUGCCGCAGCUCCACCAACUAUCGCACGUGUGAUGGCUGGACGCGGUACACUCUCUGCAGCUCUCACCCACGACGGGAAACUUUGCGUUUGGGGAAAACACGGAUACGCGCGGGUAAGUAACGGUACACCAAAUGGGGCCCCACGUGCAAGUCCACAACUCGUGCAGGCACUUGAGCCUUUUGUUAUAACAGACGCCGUCGUGGGUGGUACAUUUGUUGUCGCCAUUGCAGAUAGACAACGAACAACAGAAACAAAGGAAAAGACAGAUAAAGAUGGAAAAAGAUGGGAUAUUGUUAUUCCACAUGAUGAUCGUCCUGAAGAACGAGAUACAGAUACUGCUGGGACAUCAUAUGAGGCAUCUGUGCAUGCCUUUCUCACACAAUACAUGGGAUCCGCACUUGCCAAUACGUAUAUCACUAAAAUACCACCAGUACCUCCUCGUACAGAUCAUAACGCCAACGCAUUUGUACCUAAGGGGGCACACGGCUUAGAAGUAGGGCAAAAAGUACGAUUAUGGAUGACGGACAUUUAUGCCCUUGGUACUAUUCUUCAAGUACUCGGCAACUCAGAUGAAGGUGGGGUAAAGACAACAAAUGAGGAAGAAGCAAUCAAAGACGAACGUAAUGAGAACAACGAGAUGAGUAGUGAAACAGAGAAAAACACAGAAAACGAAAAGGAACACAAGCCCGGGUGCCGCUUUAGAAUUGAAUGGCAACGAGACGAUUGGCAUGAAGAGGAAAUUACACUUUACUCUGACGAUGAGACGUUAGACGAAAAAAAUCCUAAUCGUUGGCAGCCAAUCUGGUUUCUCCAAGGAAGGACAAAAAAUGGUGAAUACGUUCUUGACAGAUAA